AUGGCCGAGCGUGGACAAAAGCGAAAGUUAGAACUGCACACAUUAGACAAUAAGUACCAAGCAGUCAAGGCGGUGGAAGGAGGAACUUCUCGGACUGCGGUGCAGGAACAGUUUCAUGUCAAGCGCAACACUCUGAGCGGCUGGAUCAAAAACUCCACCAAAAUAAAAGAGCAAUACGAGUCCGGAAACGCCAACUCCAACUGCAAGAAAAUAAAGCUGGCCAAAAACCCCGAUGUGGAGAAGGCCCUUUACUUGUGGUACUGUGACGUGCGGAAGAAACAUCCCACGCUCCCACUUCGACGGGACUUGCUUUCGCAGAAAGCGGAACAGUUCGCCAGAGACCUCGGAGCCGCCAACUUCAUCCCCUCAAAUGGCUGGUUCACCCGUUUCAAGCAACGCUACAACUUGACAUACAAGCGUGUAUGUGGUAGAGACGGCAACGUGUCCCAGCUGGGGGACUGGAAAGCGCGCCUGGCAAAGAUAUUUUCGGACUACCAGCCCAGAGACAUAUACAACGCAGACGAAACUGCGCUCUUUUUCAAACGCACGCCGGAUUACGCCAGCAACGGCCAAUCGGCGGUCUGGGAGAAACAGCCUAAAGAUCGCGUCACGCUGAUGGUGUCGGCGAAUAUGGACGGCAGCGAUAAAGUCCCUUUGUUCGUCGUUGGAAAGUCCCACGAGUGUUUGAAAGGCGUAGAACGUUUGCCUCUGCAAUACGGGCACGAUAAAAAAGCCCGGAUGACUCCCGCCUUGUUCACCACGUGGCUUCAACAGCUGGACCGACACAUGUUCCUUCAACAGCGCAAAAUCGUUGUAAUUGUCGACAACCGCUCGGCCCAUCCACACGUGGAAGGUCUGCGAGCGGUAAAACUGGUCAUCCUCCCCCCAAACUCCACGUCAGCCACCCGACCCGUGACUCGGGAGAUCGUCCGCACGCUGAAAUUUCACUACAGAAAAAUGCUGACCAAGAAAAAGGUGGCAUUCCUCCGAGCUAAUGAAACAUUCACGCCAGAUCUCCUCGGAGCCAUGUACUCACUGAGGAAGGCUUGGGAGACCAUAAAACCGGAAACCAUCCGUAAUUGUUUUUUCCGGGCCUUCACCGCCGACGGCAAAGAUGACGCAAAAGCUUUUGAGGGCUCGCAGCCGGAAGAUGAGGAGGAAGAUGACACGCCCUUUUACUCUGCCACCGGACUGGGCAAGAAAGACUUCAAGGAAAGGUGUAACCCUCGGGAAGAGGAUUUGGAAUGUUCCGGACCCCGCGCCGACGAGGACAUUCUAACGUCUGUGGCAAGGAAGCAGGACGAUACGGUCGAUGCCGAGGACGAAGACACUGACGCCGACUCCACAGCGCCGACCAUGAAAGAUGCGCUACGAGCUGCGGAAGUGCUCCGAAAAUUUGCCAUGGUAAACAACGACGAAGAACUGUUGAAAAACACUGAAAAUGUGAGCGAUAUAUUGCUAAAGAAGCAAUUAAUUAAUUACCAUUAA